AUGCGUCUUCUCAAUCCCACGGAUUCAGACAUGGAAACCAAGAGGAUGAAGAUUUUAAGUGGCAUCGAAAUUGAUCGCUCUUCUACUGCCUAA